AUGCAGCUACUCGACCGCUCAAAGUUUCCGGAACUCAAAAACGACCUCAUCUUAAGAGCUGCGCUUGGCCAGCCAGUCGAGAGACCCCCAUGUUGGAUUAUGCGUCAGGCUGGACGUUAUCUGCCUGAGUACCACAAAGUUAAAGAUGGGCGCGACUUCUUCGAAACCUGUCGCGAUGCAGAAAUUGCCAGCGAGAUCACGAUCCAACCAGUUCGUCGCUAUGCAGGUCUGCUAGAUGCUGCCAUUAUCUUCAGCGACAUUCUGGUCAUUCCUCAGGCUCUAGGCAUGCGUGUCGAGAUGCUAGAAGGUAAAGGGCCACAUUUCCCGGAACUCAUCAGAACCGAAGAGGACAUGAAAAAGGUUUUGGACUACCACACUGAUGUUCUAAAGGAGCUCGACUGGGCGUUUAGGGCCAUCACCGUCACGAGACAUAAACUAGGGGGCCAAGUGCCCUUACUCGGCUUCUGCGGCGGACCAUGGACUCUAUUGGUCUACAUGACAGAGGGUGGCGGCUCACGCCUGUUCAGAUUUGCCAAACAGUGGCUCAACGAGUCGCCCGAGCUGUGCCACAAGCUGUUGCAAAAGAUAACUGACGUUGCUGUCGAGUUUUUGGCUCAGCAGGUAGUGGCUGGUGCACAGAUGCUCCAGGUCUUCGAGAGCUGGGGCGGCGAGCUGGGCCCUCGUGAUUUCGACGAAUUUUCCUUGCCAUACAUUCGCCAAAUCAGCAAGCGUUUGCCACACCGUCUGAAGGAGCUCGGGAUCGAAGAGCAGAUCCCAUUGACAAUCUUCUCUAAAGGGUCCUGGUAUGCUCUGGACAAGCUGUGUGACUCUGGAUACAAUGCUGUAUCACUUGAUUGGCUAUGGGACCCCAAAGAUGCUGUCAAAGUCAACGCAGGCCGUGUAACCUUGCAAGGCAACUUGGAUCCCGGUGUCAUAUACGGCACGGACGAAGUCAUCAGCAAGAGAGUCGAAGAGAUGAUUACUGGGUUCGGCGGUGGAAAGAAGCAAUACAUCGUCAAUUUUGGCCAUGGCACUCACCCAUUUAUGGAUCCUGAGAAGAUCAAGUUUUUCUUGCAAGAAUGCCACAGGGUUGGCAGUAAGAAGUAA